AUGGUUGAAAAUCAAUUGAAGUUGUUUGUCUUUCUCGGAUACCGUGAUAUGCUGGGUUCAGACCCUCGAGUGGCGACCUGCCGCGGGCGGCUGCAGACCAGACGCUGCCAGCUCAACCAGGAGAUCAACAAGGAACUCCGGCUGCGGGCCGGCGCUGAGAACUUGUUCAAGGCCACAACGAACAGAAAACUCCGUGAGACGGUGGCCCUGGAGCUGAGCUUCGUGAACUCCAAUCUGCAACUCCUCAAGGAACAGCUGGCGGAGCUCAACUCUUCCGUGGAACUCUACCAGAGCGACAGCGGUAAAGAAUGCGUCAUGCCGAUGAUCCCGUUGGGGCUCAAGGAGACGAAAGAGGUGGACUUCAGGGAGCCGUUCAAGGACUUCAUACUGGAGCACUACAGUGAAGACGCGGCAGCCUAUGAAGAUGCUAUCUCCGACUUCAUGGAUAUGAGACAGGCGAUGCGCACCCCAGUCAGAUCAAGUGCGGGCGUCGCUCUGCUGUUCAAGUACUACAACCAGCUGUAUUUCAUCGAGCGACGGUUUUUCCCGCCAGACCGCUCGCUUGGCGUCUACUUUGAGUGGUUCGAUUCGUUAACAGGAGUCCCGUCAUGCCAGCGAACAGUGGCUUUCGAGAAAGCUUGUGUCUUGUUCAACAUAGCUGGCAUCUAUACUCAACUAGGAGCUAAACAGGACCGCUCGACGUGCUCGGGUCUGGACGGUGGUGUGGAGGCAUGGCUCCGUGCGGCGGGAGCACUGCGCUACGUGUUGGACAACUUCACCAACGCGCCCUCCGUCGACCUCGCCGCCGAUACACUGCUUGUACUGGCUGCGCUCAUGACGGCGCAAGCCCGCGAGUGCCUGUUCGAGAAGCUGCAGCUGCAGGCGCGCGAGGCGUGCCCCGAGGCGCGGCGCGCGCCCGACCUGUGCCUCGACCUCGCGCACGAGGCCGCGCACCUCGCGCACACAUACCGCCAGCUCUACGACAAGAUGCAAUCAGAGGGUGUGUUCAACUAUGUGCCAUACUCGUGGGUCUCUUUAGUCCACGUUAAGACUGAGUUUUAUAAAGCGUUGGCGCACCAGUACUGUGCGACAGGUCUACUGAACAUGCCAGCAUCGUCUCGCUCCCCCAGCCGCCUCGCAUCGCUUUACGAUGCUGAUACAAAUCUUGAUAAUGGCUCUUCUAUAUCUCCGACGCUGAAGGACGCUGAUGUGGAUUGGAUUGCAUUAGGCCGCGCUCAUCUUGCAGAAGCACUCACUUUGUACGAAGAAGCCCUCAGGCUACAAAGGAUGUGUCGUGAGUUACGUGGCAAGGAGGCAAUCUCCUUAGUAGUACGAGCGCAGUUAGAGCGCGCCGCGCGAGAGCGUGCAGGGGGCGCGCACAACGACAAUGAUGCCAACGACUUCACAGACCUCAUCGACGCGCCCAACGUACAGCCAUCAUCGAAAUUCCAACUGGCCCUAACGCAACCAGACUUCGCUCAGCACCGAGUAGAUGAUCUAUUCAAAUCUUUGGGUCCAAUAGCCAUAUUCUCCGCCAAACGUCACUGGAGCGCCCCACGCCUCGUCCAACUACAAAAAUAUCGAGAUGGCUCCCGACGCAUAGAAAGACCACGAAAUGGAAACACUGAAGAAUAUGAAGAAACAGAAACGGCAAACACAGGAGCGAGAAACGAGACAGAUCGGAAGAUAACAGCACUUAUUAUAACCAAAUAAUUAGAAGCGAUGAGAAAUAUUCUAAUGAGUAUGAAAAGAAGAAACUGCACAGGGUCACAAAACAGAAUGGAGUGUAUAUAAAUAGUUACAACAAUAAUAAUUAUGAAUAUCAUCCAAAAGUUUUGGACUAUGAUACACAGAAUGAAUAUAAGACUAAGGAAGGAAAGCUUGAGAAUGGAGUGAAAGAAUGUAAUGGUAAAGUGAAGAAUGGAAGGCGAAAGGAUCUGUUGAGAAGGCAGCGAGUGAAUACAACGUGUCGAACGCGAAAAACGAAGAUGAAGGCUUUGGAUUCUCUGUGAGAGGAGACGCGCCUGUUGUUAUAGCUGGAGUCGAGCCCAAUUCUUUGGCUGAUAUUGGUGGUAUGCGUGAAGGAGACUUUAUAAUAUCAAUUGGCGAUACUGAUGUGAAAUGGAGCUCUCAUGAUGAAGUGGUCAGACUUAUACAGGAGGCAGGAGAUACGCUCACUAUGAAGCUGGCUACACCGAUGGAUAAGAGCUGUCUUAAGGCAUCACCAGAAACUCCACGACAGUCGAACUCAAACCAAGGCUCGGUGUCUGCAGCAUCAACGGCGUCGAGUGGUUCCACAGCGUGACUGCAAGAUCUUCAGCACGUCGCGCGCCAUCUUGGAACCCAUUCCGACGUCACACCACCAGGGACAACAGCUCGCAUCGCGGUUCACACACCAGCAAUAUUAUUUUCAGAUAAAAACA